CUAGAAUCUACACACUCCCUGUUACUUGGUCUGCUUGGUCUACCUUUUUAUCUAGUUACCUAGUUAUUCGUUACAGGGCUGAUAGAGAAUCCAAUGUCUUUUUGGUUAAGGUUGUGUUGACUGGCUAUUUUUGAAAAAAAAAGAAGAUCAAUUCUUCUCUUUCUCUUCUUCCACUCGUUUCGUUCCUUUUUCACAGUCAUCAUUAUUCUUUUUUUUCUUCUUCUCUUUUUGAAAGGCGAGGCCAAGGUAAGCUUGGUCCGCCCUCUCUUCAGCAAUCAUGAAUGGAUCGACGGACAAGUACCUAGCUGAUAACAUGGCGGAUUAUAGUACUCUGGAGGUUGUCAGCCCUGGCCAAAUACCACAUCAAUAUUCAGAGAACGCCUAUGCCUCGCCGUUGCCAGAGGUGAACCAUCAGGCGGACGCACACCUCAACUAUCCAGAGGUCGUUGGGGGCAAUUAUCUCCCCAAGGCCGACGUACCUCGCCCGGUCGAUCACACCCCCCCAGAAGCGGUAAAUGUAGCAGAUCCGGAGAAGGUGGCCGCGGGGGCGGCAUCAACAAAAGAACCGAGGACAUGCGGGCUAAAACGAAAAGUAUUUUGGUGCUUAAUCGUCGCGGCGAUAGUCAUUGUCAUCGCUAUCGUGGCCGGUGUUGUUGCGGGUGUGAUGACGAGUAAAAAUAAUGCGGCGUCCGCGUCCAGCUCAGGGGAUAACACUUCGACAAGCACAGCAGAUACUGAAAAGUUGGUAUAUGCCAACACCAAUCUCGCGACUGGAAACUUUACGGACGGAAUGGGGUACGAAAACUACUUGGUCGUCUACCAAUUGAACAAUAGGGGGAUCUAUAUGUCCGCAUGGAACUCGUCAAAUAAGCAAUGGGUCGUUUCCGCCAUAGUAGACGGCUCAACCAACAACCUAGGUUUCGAUAGCGUACGGAAAGGGACUGCGUUGUCCUUUGACGUAUUUCGAUACACCGAUUCGAGCCGCGAUCUUCACGUAUACUGGCAACUACCAGAUAGCGGCGGCCUCUCCACCAUCAAGGCCUUGACCUACAACAGCACCCGUGGCGUCAAGACGGACUCGUCCCUACCUACCGCAAACUGGGUCGACUCCGCCGCCGGCAACAACUACAUCUCGACCGCCGGCUCCUCGCUCAUCUCGUACGGCAAGCAGUGCGACCUGUGCAACCAGUACACGUACCUGUACUGGCAGACGUCCGGCGGAAUCCGGGAGGCGAACUUCCAGAACGCGUCGACGGGGUGGUACAGCACGAACAGCGUGAUCCAAGUGGACCUGUCGCCGCCGGCGGAGAACAGCUCCCUCGCGCUCGCGCACGCGGCGGCCGACACCGUCGACGGGCACCGCAGCAUGGACAUAUUCUACCGCUCCACCACCAGCGGGCUGUCGCAGAUCGUCAACGGCGACGGGCGGUACGUCGGGCACUCGCUCGGCCGCGACGUCGGCCCCGAGACGGCGAUCGCCGCCUUCUCGACGGGCUUCAACGAGACGAGCAGCGGGUGGAGCGACCCGCUCGGCUUCCAGGUGCUGACGAUGGACCCGGACGCGGCGGACGACGGCGUGCAGCUGACGUAUUUCAAGGACGACGCGUGGACGACGGUCAGCGCGCCGGUGCAGAGCCUGGCGGGGUGUCUGGCGAGGAAUAAGAUGGCGGCGAAUCGCGCGAGGAGGAUAUACUGCGUCGAGGACAAUGGGGACGCGGUGGAGAUCGUCGAGUACGAGUGGCAGGGAGACCCGGACGACACGACGACGUACUCGAAUUACAAUAGAGUGGGGGUCGUGGAUACGACUGUAGCAUAGCAUAGGUACCUAGGAAGUGGAGGAAAGGGAUGGUAAAACGAAAGAUACCUAAAGAUACCUACAUACAUAUAUAUAUAGCAUAGCAUGUACUUAAGAGGGGAAAGCAAUGGAACAUUUUUUAGCCAGGAAUAGGUAGGUAUAGAGUAUUAAUACCAAACAUAAACAAUGUAUUCUUUUCCAACCACGGCGCUCGUG